CUCGCUCUCGAUCUCCACAGCCUUCUCCACCGCCGCCGUCAUGGUAGAAGCCGACCGUCCGGGCAAGCUCUUCAUCGGAGGUCUCAACCUCGAAACCGACGAGAAAGCCCUGGAGGCGGCGUUCGGCAAGUAUGGCCGCAUCAUCGAGGUGCUCCUGAUGAAGGACCGGGAAACCUCCAAGUCCAGAGGCUUCGCGUUCGUCACCUUCGAGAACCCCGCGGACGCCAAGGCCGCCGCCCGAGACAUGAAUGGCAAGUCCCUGGAUGGUAAGGCCAUCAAGGUGGCCCAGGCCACCAAGCCUGUGUUCGAGAGCGGCCGGCGCGGGCCCCCGCCUCCCCGCAGCCGCGGCCGUCCGAGGGGCCUGCGCGGCACCCGCGGCGGAGGCCCGCGGCGCCCUCCCUCCCGGGGCGGGUCGGCCGACGAAGGCGGCUACGCGGGGGAUUUCGACCUGCGGCCUUCGCGGGCCCCGAUGCCGCUGAAGCGAGGGCCACCGCCGCGCCGGGCCGGGCCUCCGCCCAAGAGAGCGGCGCCGUCGGGCCCGGCGCGCAGCAGCGCGGGAAUCCGCGGGCGGGCCGCGGGCUCGCGGGGGCGAGACGGCUACGGGGGCCCUCCGCGCCGGGAGCUGCCGCCGCCGCGCCGCGAUCCGUACCUGGGCCCGCGCGACGAGGGCUAUUCGCCCCGGGAGAGCUACUCGAGCCGCGACUACCCGAGCGCCCGGGACCCGCGCGACUUCGCGCCCUCGCCGCGCGACUACACCUACCGCGACUACGGCCACUCGAGCGCGCGCGACGAGUGCCCUUCCAGGGGCUACUGCGAGCGCGACGGCUACGGGGGCCGCGAGCGCGACUACGGCGAGCACCCUAGCGGAGCCUCCUACCGAGACCCCUUCGACAGCUACGGGGACCCGCGCGGCGCCCCUGCCCGAGGCCCGCCGCCAUCUUACGGGGGAGGCCGCUACGAAGAGUACCGCGGCUGCUCGCCCGACGGCUACGGCGGCCGCGACAGCUACCGCAGCGAGCGCUACUCGAGUGGCCGCGAGCGCGUGGGCAGGCCGGAGCGCGGGCUGCCGCCGUCUGUGGAACGAAGCUGCCCGACUCCGCGCGACUCCUACAGCCGCUCGGGCCGCCGGGCGCCCCCCAGGGGCGGAGGCCGAGUGGGAAGCCGCCUGGAGCGAGGGGGAGGACGGAGCAGGUACUGAGCCUGCUAGGCUCAGGACUCAUGAUGGCC